AUGACAGAAGCUCCUCCUCCACGACGGAGGAAACGCGGAAGGCGGUCUAUGACGGGAUGCCGGACCUGCCGCGCUCGCCGCAUCAAAUGCGAUGAAGCUCCCACCCAAUGCAACAACUGCGCCUCCGCAGGGCUGAAGUGCGAGGGCUAUGACUUGUGCCGUUUGCCAAUCAAGAGGAAGAGCCCGCUGGGAAGGAUUCCAGAAGUGGAGCUGUGCCUGGCCUGGGUGCCGACCGCGGACGAGAAACGGUGCUUCUCCUAUUUCCAAUAUCGUUCCAUCCCAAGCCUGGCCGGAUUCUUCGACUCCCAGUUAUGGCAGCAACUGGCUCUGCAGAUGAGUCGCGCCGACCCGGCCGUGUACCAUGCCGCGAAUGCGCUCAGCGCCCUCCACGAAGACUCCGAGACAACCAAGCUGUUGCUAGUUGGCGAAAACCUCCGGCGACCCCUACAUCGCUUCGCACUUGAACAGGCUAGCAGAUCGUUUGCCCUCCUAAACCGACGCUGUGCUUCCCAGGAUCCCGAACGCCUCGAAAUAGUACUGCUAUGCUGUCUGCUCUUUGUGCUCGCCGAGUUGCUAUUGGGACAGUAUACCAGAGCUCUGCAGCAUUUGCAAGGUGGCCUCCAGAUCUUAAAGGAGGCACAACAAAUCUCGAAACAGUGUAUCCCCCAUUGCGUUAUCCAGGCACUCCGGCAGCUGGACGUCCAGUCGGCGCAUUUUGGAUCCGGCCCGUUCUUAUUUGCGAACGACGGGCUCAAGGAACUGUCCGAUGAGGACUUCCUCCGCCCCCUCCACAGUCUGGAAGAAGUACGGCACAAUAUGAAUUCCCUGCUACAUCCUGGUAUCCAUUUUCUCGCCAAUCGCUGGCUGCUUUCCAGUGCGGAGGUCCAGGCCAACUACAGCAAGCUGCGCCUCAGGCAGCAGCGGAUCCUAUUUCUAUAUACUCGUUUCCGCCACCAAUUUGAGACAUUUUACGAUCAUUAUUAUCCUACUUUGAGCUACAGGGGGCAACAAAGCGCGGAUAUUAUUCGAUUACAAUAUCGUAGUCAGCUCGUCACGGUCAAGACUUGUCUGAUGAAGAAACCUGUACCUAAUGAUUUGACCCCCGACUACGAGGCGCUCCUCCUAGCCCAUGAGGCAUACAUGGCCAAGUUCCCGGAACGUCCGACAAUUACCCUGGAUUUAGGAAUUAUUCCAGGGCUCCAUACGGUGGCUGUGAAUUGCCCGCGAUAUUCCAUCAGACUCAGAGCAAUCAAAGCGUUGCUUUCCUGGCCCCAUUAUGAAGGUAUCAUUAGCUCGACCUUUGCCGCUUCGAUCGCCGUGGUGUCUCUAAAAGCAGAAUUGGAGGCCAAAGACCAGAAUGCAUCCUCUAUUAUUGGCGAACCAGAAGCGGAACUUGCUCGGUAUUUAUUUGACACGGUGACGUCUACGCAGAAUAUCCCUAACUGGACCACCGUCCGCGCUUCUCGAUUUUUGGAGCAUUAUAAGGAAACAAAACCAUCGCCUAGUCCGGAGAGUGACCUGGAUCGACAAAAGAAACUAGUAUAUCGCUAA